CUUGGAACUAUUUGGAAUUCGAUCAUAUGGGCUCAUAAACAUUGAAAACCGGAGAAAACACUCAUGAUAUUUUAGACAUUUUUCUAAAUAUUCUGAUAUUUUGAAAUGAACUGACUCCAUUGAUUAUCUGCGAAAAAAUCACACAAUAAUUUCCUAUUCAAAAUGAACUCAUUAACCAAACUGGUUAGCCGACUGGCCAUCGUUCAGCGUCCACUCCAAGUCAUCCCUAUGCGAUCAAAAUACAGGCACGUAGAAGUUCCCGAUCCAGGAACAAACAAGCAGUACAGAAGGAUCGUGCACUACCCUGAAGAGUACACGGUGGAGCCCCUGAAGGUGACCAACCUCGCCGGCAGGGAUCCCGUCACGGGUCGUUUAGUGGCCAAGGGCCUCGGCGGCGGCAUCAAACACAAGUACCACUGGGUGGACUGGAACAGGCACGCACCCAAGGACGGUCCUCCCCUUGUCGAGAAAGUGCUCGAGAUCAUCGAGGAUGGCUGCCGCACGGGACAUGUUGCGCUCGUUGGCAGUGGGAAUAAUAUUAGGUACAUAUUAGCGACGUCAGGCAUGAAACCUGGCAGCAAUGUCACCACCUACAACGAAAUUCCCAGAAUCCCCGUCCGACCUAAAGACGGUGACGCCCAUCCACUAGGUGCCCUUCCGCAAAACACCAAAAUUUGCUGCGUGGAAAUGCACAAGGGACGCGGCGCCUUUUUCUGCAAGAGUGCUGGCAGUUUCGCCACUAUCGGCCCAAAGGUGGGCAACGAGGUGCUCGUCAACCUGCCGUCGAAACGCAAAUUCUACCUCAAUGAGGAGUGCAUGGCUGUGGUCGGUAGGGUUUCCAACGAGAUUCACUCAAGCAUCCCGAUUGGCAGUGCUCAACGACUGCGGUGGCUCGGCUACAGGCCCCGUUCUGGCCUCUGGCAGAGGAAGAGUGGCAUCCACGGACGAAAAGUCAGAGCACCCAUUCCAGUCAUGGCCAUCAAGAAGAAGAGGCAGUCUAAGGAAGAGCCCAUCACCUUCACCUUGAAUUUAAUUUAAUCUGUUGCAGUAAUAAAUAGGUAAAUUUGAUUUCAAA